GCCUUGUGGCCACGAGCGUCCUGCACCACCAAGGGAAACAUAGAAUGGCAGGCGGAUGGAAGAGUGGUUUAAGUGUACAAGGAAAAUCUCGUCCAACCAAUGAUAAAGGCCCUAUGGUUGAAUUAGAACAUCAGUUUGAUGCAUGAAGAUGGAACCCCUGGCAGAAGCCUUUUUAGUAGUUGAAGGAGUUGUUGCACACAUUUGUGAAAAGUUGGGCUCUGAUGCACGGGAACAUAUGAACCCUGAUCAACUGUUUGUUAGGGCAGAAUAUCACAUAAAAAAUGGUUUAAAUGUUGAUGAUGCCAUAAAAAUGUUGGUGACAAGUGUGAUAUGGGAAGUUAAAGAUAAAUUUGACAAAAAGUUAAGGGAUGUGAAGAAAAUUAGGGAUGAAUUAGAAAGAGCCACGGCUGAAGUAAUUAUAGGGCAAAUCAGGGGUGAGUUGGAGAGAGCUUCUGAACAUUUGGUUAAAGAUGUUGACCUUAAUAUUAAUGUAAGAUUGGGUUCUGAAGGCAGCAGUUCUCAAUCUUUCUCCACCUCAGACGGUGCAUCUGGAGAAAAUAAAGUAAAACUUGGAAUGGCAUUCAGUGACUCCAGUGAUUCUGCUUCUUCUUCUAGUGUGGAUGACCCUCCAUUACCCCUUGAAUCUCCAGGUAGUGAUACCACAGUGAAUGAUGAGGAUAGUGAGAUCCGUGUAUUGACUCCAGAACCACGAAAACCUGCUCCACUAAUAGAGCUUACAGAUGAUAGCUCAAAUGGCAGUACAUCAUCGAAGAGCAGUAUUUGUAUUGUUGAAGAAUGUGAAAAGACUAAAGAUAAACCAAUAAGCAAUCUUGAGGAGGAAAUUGACCUAGAAGAUGCGGAGAAAAUUGGUUUUACAAACAAAACUCUUGCAGAUAUUCUCAAAGAGGAGAGAAUUUUGGCAAAUGGUACUAAUGGUGAACAAAGUGAACAAGAAGUAAAAAUGCAUGAAGUUUGUGAUCUAAAUAAAGGUGCUUCAAAACAUUUGGAACCAAUGAAAGCAGAAGUACCGGAAAAUGAUUGUGUGUUCAAUGAUAUAGAUCAAACCAACAGUGAAGAGCAAAGAUAUCAGUUACACAUUGAGGAAAGGAAACAAUCACCAGAGCACGAAGGCCCUGGGUCACCAUCCUCAGCCACUCUGAAUGAAUUAAAAGCAAGCAGUUAUGUUGAUGAAAACAGAAAUAAGAAAACAAAUAUCAAUGGCCUAGCCAACUUCUUAACAGAUAAUAGAGCAGACCAUAGUCACUCUACAGAUGUGUUGUGGAAAGAUGCUCAGUAUGUAUGUUCUCUUCUUCCGUAUUUUCAACUAGCAGAUGUUCACCAAAGCAUGGUUGACAACUACUUCCAUCCUGACCGCAAGGCGUAUGUUUUAGAGGAAUACAUAAAAUUAGCUGUUGAUCGUGAGGAAGUUGUGUCAGAUUGUGUAUUUCAGAGUCUACGGGCUGUUAGGAAGAGAGCAUACGUAGAAGUUGGCGGUGCACAAGCAGUGAUGGGUGAGAAGAAAAUAAAAGUGGAACACAACUCGGCAGACUUUAUUGAUAAAAAACUGUGGGAUCCAGUGUUUGAUGGUUCCCUUCCUUCUACAAGUGGUGCUAAUAAUCCAGUUGCCUUGGCAGUUGUAAGAGACAAAAAUGAACAACAUGGUGUAUACAUGCCUGAUGUAAGGACUCAGAACAAUGAUUUUGAACCAGAGUUUAAAAAAAAUGAACCCAUGGAAUUGAAAAAUGACCGGGAGAAAUGGUGUAUAGAAAAGAUGGAAUUUGUUGCUGCUGUUAUAUGUGGGAUUGAUAAGGAAGUUUUACGAGAGCAGGUUGAAUCAUGCUAUAGUGAUGCUGAUGUUGAACGAUUAAUAACAAGGUUGUUGGAAGAGCAAGAAAAUAGUGAACCAGUCAUAAAAGACCCUGAACCAGGAGUGGGUUAUGUGAACCCUCUCUCUUUAGCACGGAUUGAGCAGCCUAAUACCAGUGCCUUUCAGCUUGUAGAUAGAGCGCAUGCCAGUGUAUUUGAAGAGGGAAAUUCAAAUGAUGGCAGCACACCUGGCAGCUCUAAUGAAGGUCAGUCUGUGGCAGAAGGUGAGGAUCAGGCUAAACUUGCCUCAGACUUGGAGGACACAAUAAUGAAUCAGACAAAAACACUGUCAGAGAUGUUUGGUGAUGCAGAUCCAGACUAUUUACAAAAGAGGUGUGCUGGUAUCAAUGGUGACCCAGCACAGUUCCAGAUGUUGGUGGAUGAACUCCUCAAAAACAAAGAAUACCCCAAGAUAGAGGAAUACAACAAGCGAAAAAAACGUUUGGAAAUUCGGAAGAAGUUCAUUGAGGGCAUGUCUGUUGAGGAGUUCCUGGAGUAUUUUGAGGAUCCCGAAAAGGUAUUUAACGACACGUCUAAACCAACGAGUACAACAUACAUGGAAAAUGCUAAGGCGCAGCUGAUGCUAGAUUUAAGGUUCCAUCUCAGCAGGGAUAUUGAUACUGAACUCAGGAAACACAACUUUCAUUAUCUGCCCACACUGAGAGCAUUGCAGGAAAACUCAAAGCUGAGUCGACGUAAAACAAAACGUGCGCGGCUCGUAAAUGAGAAAGACAUGGACGACAUAUUCAUUAAGGAAUUAUGUUAUGUCCGCAUGCAAACAGAAAUUAAAGAGCAUCUUUGGAAUAAAGAAGAGGAUAAAAGAAGUGCAUUUAUUAGGGCAAAAACAAAUGAUCAGUUGAAGGAGUGUCAGUGUUGCUACGAUGAUGAAGUGUUGGCAGAUGAUAUGGACACAUGUAGUGCCCCAGGCACCGAGCACAUUUUUUGUAUUAACUGUAUCAGAAGGUUUGCAGAGGAGGAAAUAGGCCAAGGUCGAACAACUUUUCGGUGUUUGGAAGGUGACUGUAAAGCAGAAUUUUCUUUAAGUACACUUAAAAGAAUUAUGAAGCCUGCAGUUUUUUCCAAUAUCCUAGAACGGAAACAACUCGAAGAGAUAGCAGCAGCAGGCAUUGAGGACCUCGUAGCUUGUCCAUUUUGUAACUUCCAAACCAUAAUGCCCAACCAAGAGGACAAAGUAUUCAAAUGCCUCAACCCAGAAUGUAUGAAGGAUUCUUGCAGAAUGUGCAAAGAACCAAACCAUGUCCCAUUACGGUGUGAAGAAGUUGAAAAACAACAUCAGAAAGAUGCUCGAACCUAUAUGGAGAAUCGUAUGACAGAGGCAAUGGUCAGAGAAUGUUGGAAGUGCAAGAAGAGAUUCAUCAAAGAGGACGGGUGUAAUAAAAUGCGCUGUUCAUGUGGAGCAAUGAUGUGUUACAUAUGCAAGAAACAAAUUAAAGGCUAUGAUCACUUUGAAGAUAAGCCAGUUCCAACAGAUCCAAGGAAGUGUCCCCUCUGGAGCAACUCAGAAAAGAUUCAUGCAGAAGAAGUGAGGGACAUUGCAGACAAGUUGAAGCAGGAGAUGGAGCCCGGGUUAGAGCUUGUACAUAAUCCUCUAAAUGAUCUGCCUGAGGUCCCCAACCACUCAACCAAGAUAAAGGUUGGCUGCCUGCGAGUUGGAAACAUUCACAACCCUCCACCACCGGCUCACCAGCCCAGACCUCACAUAAUUCCUCCUCAUUACCAGCCAAUUCUUCAUCAGUUUCAUCGUCCAGGACGUGUGAAUGUGUAUGCAUUUGCAGUGCCGGGUCCACCUCCAGCACAUCAGCAAGGUCACCAUGGUGUAGCCACACCAGCAGUAGCUAUGCCAGAAAUGAAUGGCUACCAACACCAUCAUCACCACCACCACCACCAUCACCACCAUCACAUCCCCCACCCUCCCAGGUACCCUGAAGGUGUCCACAACCCCCAGCCCCCAGCACAGCCACAGCAAAUGAGAGAUGAUUUAUUCCAUCAAAUAAAUGAAUUCAAUGAAGUCAUGCAAGGGGUGAGAAUGAGGGAUCCUGGUGGGGAGUACCGUAGAGAAGCUCUUCCAUGGAUGCCGCAUCAGCAUCAGUACCCCCAGGCACUACAGGGUCAGCAGCAACAGCAUCCACAUCAAUUACAACACCAACCUCAUCAGCAACAGCCAUUAUAUCAACAGCAGCAGCAGCAUCAACAACAACAACAACAACAGCACCAGUUUCAACCAGAAAAUCAACUCCGUUUGAUGAAUGGUGUACCCAACCAAAAUCUCCCUCAAAUUCAUCAACAAGGCCAGCAGCUACAGCAGCAAGUGCAGCAGCCAGCUGUACCUGCACUAAACCAGCAGCCAGCUCUACCUGUACUAAACCAGCAGCCUGCUGUACCUGCACUAAACCAGCAGCCAGCUGUACCUGUACUAAACCAGCAGCCAGCUGUACCUGCACUAAACCAGCAGCCAGCUCUACCUGUACUAAACCAGCAGCCAGCUGUACCUGCACUAAACCAGCAACCAGCUGUACCUGCACUAAACCAGCAGCCAGCUGUACCUGUACUAAACCAGCAGCCAGCUGUACCUGCACUAAACCAGCAACCAGCUGGACCUGCACUAAACCAGCAACCAGCUGUACCUGCACUAAACCAGCAGCCAGCUGUACCUGCACUAAACCAGCAGCCAGAUGUACCUGUACUAAGCCAGCAGCCAGCUGAACCUGCACUAAACCAGCAGCCAGCUGUACCUGCCCCUAAACCAGCAACCAGCUGCACCUGCACUAAACCAGCAGCCAGCUGUACCUGCACUAAACCAGCAGCCAGAUGCCUGCACUAAACCAGCAGCCAGCUGU